AUGGAGGGGAUGAUGGAUAAGGGUGUAUUGGAUGAUAUAAUAAGGAGGCUAUUGGAAGGCAAAGGAGGAAAACAAGUGCAGCUAUCAGAGGCAGAGAUCCGUCAACUUUGCGUCAACGCCCGCCAAAUCUUCCUUUCUCAGCCUAAUCUUCUUGAGGUGCGAGCUCCGGUUCGCAUAUGUGGUGAUAUACAUGGACAAUACCAAGACCUGCUAAGGCUAUUUGAAUAUGGUGGUUACCCUCCUUCUGCAACCUACCUGUUUCUUGGAGAUUAUGUGGAUCGAGGCAAGCAAAGUUUGGAGACAAUAUGUUUGCUUCUGGCCUAUAAAAUAAGAUAUCCUGACAAAAUCUUCCUUUUGAGAGGGAACCAUGAAGAUGCAAAGAUUAAUCGAAUAUACGGGUUCUAUGAUGAGUGUAAAAGGAGGUUUAAUGUUAGGCUUUGGAAAAUAUUUACUGAGUGCUUUAAUUGUUUGCCUGUCGCUGCACUUAUUGAUGAGAAGAUACUUUGUAUGCAUGGGGGGCUGUCACCAGAGUUGGAAAAUUUGGAUCAAAUAAAGGAACUUCAAAGGCCAACUGACAUUCCAGAUAAUGGUCUUUUAUGCGAUCUGCUUUGGUCUGAUCCUGAUGCUAGGAUUGAGGGCUGGGCAGAGAGUGAUCGAGGUGUUUCGUGCACUUUUGGAGCUGAUAAAGUUAUUGAGUUUUUAGAUAAGAAUGAACUUGAUCUCAUUUGCCGGGGUCAUCAGGUGGUGGAGGACGGCUAUGAGUUUUUUGCAAAACGAAGAUUAGUCACUAUAUUUUCAGCUCCAAACUAUGGCGGGGAGUUCGAUAACGCUGGUGCUCUAUUGAGUGUUGACGAAGGUCUAGUGUGUUCCUUUGAGAUAUUAAAACCAGUGGAUAAUAAAGCAUCCCCAAGUGGUUCUAAUUCAUCCAAGUUAAAUCUUAAAAAGAUGAGCUUGGCAAGAGAGAAGCAGCGCCUUCUUGAUCCCAAAGUUGAAGGCUUGAUCAUAUUGAAAGUUUCCGAUAAUUUUAUUGCAUGA